AUGAACAUACUCGAUUUACCUACCAAGAGCGUCGUCUUGGCUGAAAUACUCGAACGAACCGACUCAUCGAGGACAGACAUCGAAGGAUGUUUAGCUGAAUUCGUGAUUAGAGCAUGGAAACAAGGGGGACAAGUCAGAGAAUGGUGUAAAGAUGUCCAGACUAUCCUCGGGGUGAUUUCCAUUUCGACGAUAUUGCGAGAAACGAUCACCUCUCAUCCUUUGCAAAUCCUCCUUCCUUUCGUCCAUAUACCUCCAAAUCCUUAUUUUCCAACUGUCGAACCUCCUUUACCACCCCCACUUAUACCUACGUCUUUGUUAUCCACACUGGACCGUCAAUCGUUCAUCUCCGCUCUGUGUCGACUGAGUAUCGAUAACCAUGAAAAUGGAAGUAGACCAUUUUGUGAUGAACCUCUGAUUCUCGAGCUCUGUCUUUCGUACGUAGCUUCAAUGUGGCGACGAGCUCCCAAAUUACAGGUGGAUCGAGAAGAUAGUCUCAUUGAUUGGAUGAGUAAGGAUUUAACGGAGAUAGAGUUCGAGUUACAAUUACAGGGACAUCCAUUGAAUAUAGGUUCGACAAUCAUACCGAUUUUACAUAAAUUUAGAUUCCAACUUGGAUUUGUGACUUGCUCACAACUAAUCACGAAAUUCAAUUCAUUUAGUCAACCGUCUUUACUAUUGACUUCGGACCCAACCGGAACGUCUUCCUCUUUUUCUUGCUCAACCACAUCCGUCUCACCAGGAAUAUCUCAACAUGAUGUGGAGAGAUUCACCAGAGCAUGGAUCGAAAGAAGACUUUCUAUCGGUAUUGGAUAUCAAUCAAUUGUUGAGGAACUAUACAACGCAAAAUUGCGUUUGGAAGAUAACGAUUAUAAAGAUACUAUUGAUCAAGUAUUGGAAUCAUUUGGUAUUCACGGAAAAAACGACGAACCUUCCCACGAGCAAUUUGGUUUACUCUGGUCUUCCCCUUCUUCACCAACGUCCGCAUCUUACAGCACGGAUCAUAUCGAGGCAACAAGCAGACAAUCAGAAGGUUUAUACUCUCAGCUCAGUCUACCCAGCUCGCUGUCUCUUCUUACACUGAAAAUGGGUCGAAGAAGGUCUUUGAGCAAUCAUACUCCCAAAUGGUUUAGCCAUAGAAGGAACAAUUCUUCGUCUUCAAGUCAAUUUGCUUUCCCACAAUUUCAAAGAGCUCCCGGACCACCUUCCGGGCUCUUCAACAACAACGCGAGUCUAGAUGGAUCACAGCCAUCUAUCACUUCUCCAAGCAUCUCCAGCUUUACGUUUCCCGAAAACAGUAGAGAAGAAUUACGUCAAUCAGUGGUAUCACAGAGACCUAGAACAACAUUUCGAGACGAUUUGACGUCUUCAGUCAUGUCACUCACUGAUCCGGAAGAUGUAAGGACUGUCUUACUCAAUCAGUUAAUGGAAAUGAGGUAUCAUAUACAUGGUCACGAAGAUGAGGGCUGGUAUCUUGGUGGAGGAAGAGAACAAGCUGAAGAAUUAUUAUCUCACCUGGAAACAAAGAUGAUUGGUAAGAAAGACCUGAUGGGACUAAAAGAGGUUUUUCAGUCGAUGAGAUCAGCAUUUGACCUUCCUCCUUUCAUGAGAAAUGAUCCCUCAAGACCUGAAACCAUGAUCUCGUCAAUCAGACGAGACACUCUUACAGACGCAAGCACAAUUAUGCGAGAGUCAAUUGAUCUAGAUAGAUUUCUAGAAGAAGUGGCACAACUUCCUGAUACCCUGCAACAACAGGAUGUCAAGGAGAUCUAUAAUGAUCGACACCAAGGGAAACAAGGUGACGGUAUUCAGCAAGAAGAACGAGAAGUUGGGAAACGUUUCAAUGGCAAUGAAAGUGAUGAUAAUCUGUCAAGACACUCUGGUCGACGUAAAUCAGCUAGCGCCUAUUCAGCUCUCACCAUGGCAUCACUGCUUACCACGGAUUCCCAACUUGAAGAACCGAGAAUGACCUCCUUUGAAAUCCAAGAAGCUCAUCGCGAAUUCCACAAGAAGAGUAGAGCUGUGGAAUACCAUUUCCCACUUCCACCGACUACUCCACCGCAAUCCACUUGGAAUAGCUACGAGUAUACCCCUUCGCCGGUAUCGGAGAAUCGCGACCAUGACAAUAGAUAUACGAGGCUCCCGCCGAAGGUGUCGAUCGGAAAUCUUAAAAAGACAAGGUCUAGAACCUCUCCCUCACCCUCACAUCGCAAAUCAACAUCAGAAAGUCGAGGAAGAUCUGCGGAACAUUUCACACCCACUCAAAACCGUCUCAUUUGGAACGAAGAUGAAACGACCAAGAUCUUUCGGUAUCAUAACGAAGGCGUUUCUUCCACUGAAACACUCUCCCCCCUUUACGCUAUAUCGCCUUCGGCCACAGGGAAUUCUCCAUCUCGAUCGUCUUUUGAAACUCACAUCGUCACCCCCGUAGCUACUCGUCAUCCGCAGCCGCUAUCCACCCUGUCGUCUCAAGCGACCUUAUAUUCUCCUCAUGAUGCACACCUUAUCACUCCUGAUAGGAGAAGAGCUUCACUUGGCCCAUUGGCUAAAUCCCGUCGGCAACUUCAUCGUCAUUUCGCUAUUCUAGAUGGCGAACAGGUUUCGCCCUCAAAAGAAAUGCGAGAACUCGUUCCGGAAAUGGAAGCUCCAGUGACUCCGACGAUGAAGAUUCUAGCCCUGUCCGAUGGAUAUUCGAGUGAUAGUCAUUCCAUCUCUCAUAAGAAAUUAGAAUCGAGAUCAAGGUGUAGUAGUUUUAGAUCAAGUAUCACUCCAAAAAUGCCGCCUCGAAUAUCAAGUUUGAGAUCUUUACCAAAAGUGUCAUUUCAUGAUGUGAUCACGAACGGGUCUACGAAGUCACCUGCAGGCAGACCACCACCGAUGUCACCACUGGUGUCCCCGGUACCAUUGAUCGCGGUUUUGGAGCUGUUCAAAAGGAAAAACGACAACGGUAUGACUAUCUUGGAAGUGGAAGAUUCGCUAUACCGCGUAGUCGAUAUAGAAAGGGAUCGAGUCAGAAAAGCAGGUGAAACCUGGGAUGAGGAUGCCAGAAGUAAAGUAAAGUGGCUGAUUGAGCAAAUCGCGAUUAUGCUUGGCGAUCCGAUCUACGUUGCUCCUAUAAGUAGGGUAGUAGCUUCUUUAUCGGGUCCUUCAUCUUCGACUCAGACUCGUCAGAACUCGAAGAAGCUACCCAAAUCAAAUCAAAAUCAAGGAGAUGUCAAAAGACCUUUAUUACCAAGAUAUAAAUCACAACCUCAAUUGCCGACUUCAACUUCAACCUCUAUUGUAUCUUCACCACCUCGACCAGCAUCUAUCCGACCUAACGUAUUGAGAAGACAUACUCAAUCAUGUAUGAGCAUCAAUUCAAUUGAAUCUGCUUCUUCGAUCUAUUCUACUCCUAGUGUCAAUAUGGAAGUUGAAGAAAUGAUCGAUAUUGAUAUUUCUCCAUCUUCGAUAGAAGGAAUAUUUGGUGACAGAACUUCCAUGAAAUCAGAUGGAUCAGUUGCACAUAUCGGUUAUCAAGAUUGGGAUAUAGCAUUGCCACAAAUGAUGGAAUGGCCAAUUCCGAGAAUUAGACGGUGCUCUGAAACCAGCGUGGGAAGUACAGGUACUUUUGGGAGAAUUGGGUGA